AUGAAACUGUCUGUCUCUGGUGCCAAUUUGAAAGACGAUACGGCUACGCUAUAUAGCUGCGGGAUACGAGCUGGCUCAACCGUGGUUCUUACUGGCGAAAAAGUGGAUGUAAGAAGUGACGACGAAGAUGAUAAACAAGCAGUAGAACAGCAAACGGCAUCGGGUAACCCAGAAGAAUAUGGGCUGAUUGUACGUAUCGGCAAGGUUGUAGACCCAAUCAAGGCAACAAUGGAACAAGAUAUAGACAACUUUCGAUCCUUUGUCCACGAACAACAACAACAAAGUACAUCCGCGGCUGUUGACGAGACAACCAAAAAGACAAUGCAGGACAAGGGCAUCUAUUUAUCUGAAAAGCUGAUGCAGGCGUUGAUUACGUUGGAUGGAGUAGAGUGUCCACCCGGAUUUGAUACGGCUCGACAAAAGCGAAGAGAAGGGGUUCGGUUAUUGCAAAAGCGGUUGGAACAAGUGGAUGAAGUACGGGCCAUUGUAAAGACUUUGUGUAGUAGUAGCUAA